AUGGAAGUAGUCAAACUAAGAGACCUGAUACGCUGCAUUUCUCACUUCCCCCCCUUUAAAUUGGAACUAAAAAUUUCCAAUUUAAAGGGGGGUUAAGAAAAAUUUUUUUAAAAAAAAAAAAAUUAUAAAAUAUUUUAUAAAAAAAAAAAUUUAUAUAAAAAUUUUAAAAAACAAAAAUUUUCAAAAUUUAUCGAAUUAGAUGAAUAAAUUUGUUUAAUAAAAUGCUAUUUACUCUGUAUCCUUUAAAACAAAGCAAGGUAUAACUAAAAUUUUAUUAUUAAUUAAUACGCCACUAUUAAUUGGUAUCAAAACUAUUUACACAAAAAUUAUUAUUUUUAUUGAUAAAAAAAAAUUAAAAAAAAAAAAAUUUUAGAAAAAUUUAUUAAUCAAAGUGUUAAUUUUGUUUAAAUAAGAUGCUAUUUAUACUCUAUUCUUUAAAAUAAAGCAAGAGAUAAGUAAAAUUUUUUGAAUUUUUGUAAAGAAUUCGUAUUGAAUUUAUAUCAAUGCUAUUUAAAUAAAAAAUAUAUCAUUUUUAUAAAAAAAAAUAAAUUUUUUUUUUGAAAAUUUUUUAAAAACAAAAAACAUUAAAUUUUUUUUAAAAUUUACAAUUAAGGAUAAUAAAUUUAUUUAAAUAAGAUGCUCUUUAUACUCUAUUCCUAUAGCAAGAGCAGGAUAUAACUAAAUUUUUAAUUUUAGUUAAGAAGAAACAUUUAAAUUAUAUCAAAACUUUUUACAUAAAAAUUAUGAUUUAUAUAUAUAAUAAAAUUUUUUAUUAUAAAAUUAAAUUUUGUUCCAUUUAAAGGGGGUUAAUUUACCAAAAAAGUGGAAAUUUUACCUAUAUUUUGUUCCAAUUUAAAGGGGGGGGGAGUCAGCACCUCGCAAGAGAACUUCAUGAAUUAACUAGAGCUGCUUCCAAACGGCAUGCACUUGUAGAAUAUUGCAGCAGGACUCGCUCUCUAUUAAAAAGGCUUAAAAAGGUAAUAUCAUGGUCCCGCUCCUAUGCUGCUUUAUGGUCUAAAAUCCCUGAGCUUCAGGAUUAUCUCGGAGAUAGAUCUCGUAUAUAUAAAGAAACGGCCUGGAUGCUUGGCGUCUUGCACUCAGAGCAGCUAUAUCGGCUAAGAACGCCAAGAUUCGCUUUAACUGAGGCUUCUGAUAUUCUAUGCAGAGGAGAGUACAGAGGAUUUCCUUUGGCAGGCAGCGUGAUAACUCCAAAGAAGGUGCCUCUUUCAAAGCUGACACAGUAUUUAAAGCACAAAACUUUGCUAGUCGAUCACCCAGCUGGGCUUACAUUAGAGUAAUUGAGAUGUAGGGUGGCUGAUGGGAAACUCAAUGCAACUCGAAAUGAUUUUCAGUUCAGUGUGUCAUUGCGUGAAGAAAAGAAAGAACUCCUGUGGAUGCUGUGUGAUUUUCAGCUGUCGACGCAACAAAUUAAUGUGAAUCAAGUAUCCGUCAAUUAGAAAAACCUGAUUUUUCAAGAAAUGCAGAACCUUUUAAAGCCUCCACAAGACCCAUUAGUUUUGGUAAAGUUGGACACACACUUAAAAAGAACUUGCGCGUCAGGAAUUUUAGAAAACUUGCAAAGGCAAGCCAAGCAAAAUACUAUUAUUACUAUAAAUUACAUACCUGGGGCCAGUUUAAAAGUUUCUUAUUGGCCGCAAUACUACCCGUCUUAUUUUGAAGUCUUGAUAAAAGAUUCUGAUAUUGUAUACCAUUAAUGGCUAAUUAUACUGAAUAUCAUAAUGGAUCAAUCAGAAGAAAUUCAUUUAGUUAUAUUAUAAUUUCCCACUCCCCACCGAUCCCUUUUAAUUUUGAGUUCACUUCAGAUUUUUCAGGCUUGCUUGACACAGUUUUAUCGUCACAUAGGAUUUAUCGACUUCAAAAGCUGAUUGGCGAUUUUGCUGAUCUUUGCUAUAACUUGAAUGACCAUCUUGAAGUAUUUUUAGACGAAAAUUGCACUGUAACUAUUGAUUUUUCCUAUUUCUCCGGAGCCAGCAGGGUUGAACUAAUGGGAGAAUAUAGCAGUUAUUUAUCGGAAACUCUCAAUAAAGGCAUUGGAGAGGGAUUUUGAGCAGAAAUCAGAGAAAUGGUGUUCAAUAGCCAGCUAAACUCAGUCUGCAGGUGCUUAGACUCAGCAAUUAUCAGCUCACCAUUAAGAUUCAGUAAAAGCUUCUACAACUUACUAGUUCCCCCCCAUCCUUGAUCGAACGACUCGCCAUCGUUCGAUCAAGGAUGGGGGUUAAAAAACUUUUUUUUUGGGAAAAAAAAUUUAUAUAUAAAAUAAAAAAUAUAUUUUUUUAUUUACUUUUAAAUAAGAGGGUUAAUAAAUAAUUAUUUUACAGCAAAAAAUUGAAUUAAUUUCAUAAAAUACCAAUUUUUUAAUAUUUUGAUUUAUUAUUUACCCUUUUUAAAACUGUAUAAAUUUUAAUUUGUUCCUUAUUAAAUUAAAAUUUUUUUUUUAAAUUUUAAAGAAUCUGUAUUUUAUUAGAUUAUUGAGUUUUUAAGCCUAGGUUGAUGACUAAAUCACUUCAAAUGGUUGAUUUCGCAGCUUUCUGUCGUCUCAAAGCUCUGAAAACAACUUCGUUAGGUGCAUCUUUCCCAAGCUUUUGAUAACUAAUAUAUUUUUAUAUAUAUAAAAAUUGUCAUGAUAUGAAAAUCGUUCGAUCAAGGAUGGGGUUAAUUUCCCCAAUUUUUAGGAAUUUUUACAGUCAAUCGUUCGAUCAAGGAUGGGGGGGGAGUAAGCGAAGGCAUGCAAGUCGAGCGAAAAGAGCAAGACGUUCUGGGGUAUAUAGAAAUUGGCCAAGCUGUCCCAACUGACGCUGAAGGCAGCAUCAGGAUUUUCGCCGUCAAAAUCAGCAAGCUCAAGGGCUUAAAAUUUGACUUCGUCGUCUACAUCAACACCGAGCUUGAGCUCUGCAUUGACUUAGGGACCUGAAACCCUCCAGAAGACCUCAAAGAAUGCCUCAGCAACGUCAUCAAAAGAGCCACAGAAACCAUGACAGUCCUAAAAAUCCCCUUCAUGCUCUCAGCCAAGCCUGAGCUCGAAACUAAAACAAAUUCUCUAAUAAAUAAAAUAUGGUAA